AGUUGAGUGAAUAAAUUGACAUGUCCUUCUUCUCAGAAUCAAUACAUUAGAUAUAUUUCGAUUAAUUCUAUAAAGCUCAAUCUUAAUAGAAAUACAAUAUAAAUAAUGAAUUGCAUCUACCAUAUACAAAAUCCAGUAUCGUUUAUAUGCAUAGCAACUCACAAGUGUGAAUUGGACAGAAAAAUGUGUGUAGAAUGCCAAAAAGAGCAUGGCGUGGAUUAGUAAUAAACACUUCCUCUAAAAAAGUUUGAAGAAAUUGUCAAAAAUAAUUUUAAAGAGUUUCAGCUAGAUGAUACAUCUGAAUUAACAAAAGAGAGAAUGAAAUGUAAAUCCAUGCUCUCUCAAACAGAAAGUUCAAUCAAGAAUGUUUUGGAUGAGAUAUCAAAAUUAUUCAAAUAAACAUUUGAUAGGAUUGAAUAGGAAAGUAAAUCGUUCACUAAUCUAAUCAAUGAUAAUCCUAAUUUAGCCAGCAUUUCCAAUAUUGAAUUAAAUGAAUUAGUUGAAAUUUUAUAAGGGAACAUUCUAAAUAAAUUUACAAAUUAGAAAAAAUUAUAUUUGGAUAGGUUGGAAAGAUCAAGGUUUUGGUGGGAACAAGAAGUUAAGGAUUUUGGCGAGAGGUUGACAACAGUAAUGAAUGAAUUUAUAUAAUAUUUCAGGUAAUAAUUUAAUAAUUUUCAAAGUGUUAAACCAGUUAGCCUCGAUGCCGAUCAUAAAUUAGUAUUAGAGAAGAAUUUACUAAUAUAAGAAUUAAAGGAAUUAAAGUAGUUAUUAAAUAAUUAAAUUAGAAAUUAAAUGAUUUGUUAGGAAAUGGAAUUAGAUAUCCUAAAAUUUGGGGAUACGAAUAUCACUUUAAAUGUCAAAAGUUUUAGUACAAAUCUAAGUUCAACGUUCUAGAUGUAAUUAAAGGAUAGUGUAAGUGACCUUUAUAUUAAGGCAGUUUAACAUGGAAUUCAGUAUUAAAUUAUUUAUAUCUUAGCAAAGGAUCACCUUAAGAUUGUUGUUUACUUGUGCCAUCUAAAAAUAUCAAAUAUGCUUUAACUGAAUGGAAUAGAAAAUUAUACGAAAUUUUUAUACCAAAUGAUUACACUAACAAGAUAAUAAAAGUAGAAUUUAGUUAGUCUAGAUGAUCUGAUAGAAUGAAG